GUUACGGAAGCAUUCUCAGUCGCUGGAUGUGAUACAAUGAGUACGUGUCCUAUCUAACUCCUUUCCGGAUUGAUACUCACAUGAAACUCACGCUAGAAACUCUCACAAACUCAAAGCAGAAGGCAACAUACCUCAUGACAUCAAUCCAAGAUGAGAUCCAACGAAAGCUCGGUUUGUUCACAGCGCUUGAUCUCACGUCAAACUCUAUAUUGACUUCUAUUCCCACAGCUGAAAUUACCGGUAACAACGAUGCCCAAAUGCAGUACAUCAAGUACGAGAAGGAUAUCGUUCAGCGCUAUGGGAUUGAGCUUCAAGGAUGGACCCACUCGGAGUGGACCACACCGCGGAAGAUGAGCACUAGUCUCCCCCCUUUGGAGACCUUGCUCAAUGCACUGCGCAGCGAUGCAUGCAAGUUCGUUAAGCUCACCAAAGCGCAGCUAGAUGCACGUGAGAAACCUGUUGAGAAGCCGAGAAAGAAACGCGAGGACUUCGGAAAGAAACGCAAGAAGCGUACGUCAGCUACGGAUGGUGGUAACAACAGUGGUGAGGAGGACGGUGAGGAGGAUGACGCCGAAGGGGACAUUGAAGAAGCUACCCCGCCGGCCCCUAAGAAGAGGCGCCGUAGCAAGGCUCAAAUGAAUACUGCAAGUGGCGGCAACUAGAUCUAGUAGCACAGUGUACAUACAAGUUAUAUCCUGUCCAUAGGGCUAUAGACUAGUGACUAUUACAUUGACAUAUACCGCCUUAUACAACCCUAAGCCUAUCACUACUAGUCACUCUAUAUACUGUUAUAUGUACUCAAUAAGGCUGUUGUUUAUAU